AUCACUCCACAUUCAAGCAAAAUACAUACACAAUCAACCCAUAUUUUUUGUUAACCAAAACAAAACCAACCCAAAUGACCCAAACCACAUCUCAAACACUCCAAAACACCACUUUACAAGAUGACCCAAAAUCCAAACAAUCUUCUUCUUCAUCUUCAUCAUCAACAACAGGUAUGAGAUUAAUAGUCCCUUUACAAGGUAUAGUACAGGGCAGGGGUGGCUUAAUCUUGGGCUCUGUUAUCCCAUGUGCCAUGUUUUAUUUCCUACAGUUUUACUUGAAACGACGUCGUUCCAAAACAUCGGAUACUCCGACGACAUCUCGGUCGAAUACAGAGGACAUGUUGUCUAGGACUGUUUCCAGGUCGAAUUUGUUGUUGUCGUCACGUGGGUCAAUUGGAAGGCCACAUGUUUCUUCUAGAGUUUGUUCUAUUGCCAAAUCGAAUGAGGAUUCGCCUUAUUAUUUUGGGUUGGAUAAGGUGAAGGAUGAUGAGUAUCAUAGAUUCGAGAAUCCUAAUGGUGUUAUUCAACUUGGUUUGGCCGAAAAUCGGUUGACACUGGAUUUGAUGGAAAACUGGAUUACCGAGAAUUUAAAUGAUUCUAUACUCGGUGGUGCUAGUGGCAUUGCUACCUACCAACCGUUUGAUGGAACAACCGAAUUAAAAGUGGCCAUGGCUGGUUUUAUGUCACAACUUGUGGGGAGAACCGUGUCCUUUGACCCAUCACAAAUGGUAUUAACAUGUGGUGCAACUCCUGCUAUUGAGAUUCUGUGUUUUGCCUUGGCAGACCAUGGGAAUGCGUUUCUUAUACCUGCUCCGUACUACCCUGGGUUCGACAGAGAUGUGAAGUGGAGAACGGGAGUGGAGCUAAUACCGGUCCAUUGUCGUAGCUCUGACAACUUCACUUUAAGCAUUCCUGCUCUUGAUCAAGCUUAUAAUCAGGCAAGAAAACGAGGUCAAAAAGUAAGAGGAAUCCUAUUGUCAAACCCUUCCAACCCUGUUGGGAAUCUAAUGACCCGCGAAACCCUUUUCAGUAUUCUAGAUUUUGCCCGUGAGAAAAAUAUCCAUAUUAUAUCUGAUGAAUUAUUCGCCGGUUCAACUUACGGAGAUGAUGAAUUUGUAAGCAUGGCAGAAAUUAUUGACUCAGAAGCUACUGAUAAAGAACGGGUUCAUAUUGUGUAUGGGUUAUCCAAAGAUUUGGCUGUUCCAGGGUUUCGGGUUGGGGUUAUAUAUUCAUACAAUGAAAGCGUUUUAACUGUGGCUCGAAAAAUGACAAGAUUUUCUGCAAUCUCAGCUCCAACGCAACGGUUAGUAACUGCUAUGCUUUCGGACACGGCAUUUAUAAAGAAUUAUUCUGAAAUAAACAUAGAAAGAUUAAAGGGUAUGUAUGAUCUGUUUGUGGAGGGUCUUAAAGAGUUAGGAAUUGGUUGUACGAAGAGCAGCGGAGGGUUGUACUGUUGGGUUGAUAUGAGUGGACUAAUCCGCCCUUAUAAUGAAAAAGGGGAACUUGAUCUAUGGGAUAAGUUAUUAAAUGUAGCUAAGGUUAAUGUGACCCCAGGUUCAUCCUGUCACUGUAUUGAACCAGGAUGGUUUAGGUGUUGUUUCACCACGUUAGAUGAAAAGGAUAUCCCUGUAGUUAUAGAACGUUUGCGUAUAGUUGUUGAAACUUGUAAAUCCCCUUCAUGAAAUGGUUCAAGCUGUAAGAAAUUGAUGUUAAAAUGCGUGAAUACAGAUGGUAUAAAGGUGAAGGUGUUGGGUUGAAUCGUCGAUCAGUUUUAGCUACGUGAUAUAGUGGAUUUUUUGGAUAAUUGGAUUGCAAACUUUGGCUAUUACCAUAGUAUAAAAUGGAAAAUGAUAGUGAAAAUGGGCCAUGUCCACUUAUUUUAAUGCAGUUCUCUUCAUGAAUCUGGGGCUGCUCUAUUAUCACAAGGCAAGGUUAGAUUCGUUGAAAAGAUUGUUAGGCUUAGUUUUUGUGUGAUGAUAUUUAAUUUCAUUCUCGUGUGUAGAGAAAAUCACCAAUUUAUAUGUAGGACAUAGUAACCAGUUGUUGGUUUUACUGGCUUGGGGUUUAGCAGCACAAAUAUAAGUCAUUUUUUGUUACAAUGUUUAACAUGUGUAUGCUUGAAGUAGUUACCAUUGACAGAUUCUGAUCA